AUGGCAUCCACCGCUCAAACGCCUAUCGAGCUCCAUCCGCCCGCAUCGUCCCACCCUUCCCUCCUCGUUGCGCCCGCGGGCCACUUUGACGGGAGCUGGUUCAUGGGCUCAUGGGGUGUAGCAUGGAGCACUUUGCCAAUGUGGAAGGGCAAGAAAGAUGUGGUCAUCAAGUAUGAGAGCCCCUCGGCCGACUAUUCGAGCUUCGAUAGCACCGUGUUCUCGCGGAAAGAGUCAGCAGCGGCGGAUAGCUCGCCUAGUACCGUACGCGGUAGGGAGACACUGACCAAGGGCGGUCCGAAUGCCGCGACAUACGACUGGCAAGGCAAAUCCUGGCUCUUUUUUGUCCACUCGCACUGGGAAGUAUUGGGAUACGGGAAAGAAGAGGAGACGGGUCUGGAAUGGGCAGUGACGUUCUUCUCCAAGACGAUGUUCACCCCAGCCGGCCUCGACAUCUACAUCCGGAACUCCCCUACGGCGCCCAAACCCGCGGCGGCAGACUUGACUGUCCGGGCGGACCUGGUCAGGCGGAUCGCGGCGGCAUUGGGGCAGGUGGAGGGGGUCAGCGAUUUGGCCAAGGGCGGUUUCGAGGUGCCUGGUAUCGUUUGA